AUGCUGGAGGACGCACUGGAAGACGCGCUGGAGGACACGCUGGAGGACGCACUGGAAGACGCGCUGGAGGACACGCUGGAGGACGCACUGGAAGACGCGCUGGAGGACACGCUGGAGGACGCGCUGGAAGACGCACUGGAAGACGCGCUGGAGGACGCACUGGAAGACGCGCUGGAGGACACGCUGGAAGACGCGCUGGAAGACGCGCUGGAAGACGCACUGGAAGACGCGCUGGAGGACAUGCUGGAGGACGCGCUGGAGGACACGCUGGAGGACACGCUGGAGGACGCGCUGGAGGACGCGCUGGAAGACGCACUGGAAGACGCGCUGGAGGACGCACUGGAAGACGCGCUGGAGGACACGCUGGAAGACGCGCUGGAAGACGCGCUGGAAGACGCACUGGAAGACGCGCUGGAGGACAUGCUGGAGGACGCGCACGCGCUGGAGGACACGCUGGAGGACGCACUGGAAGACGCGCUGGAGGACACGCUGGAGGACGCGCUGGAAGACGCACUGGAAGACGCGCUGGAGGACACGCUGGAGGACGCGCUGGAAGACGCGCUGGAAGACGCGCUGGAAGACGCACUGGAAGACGCGCUGGAGGACACGCUGGAGGACGCGCUGGAAGACGCACUGGAAGACGCGCUGGAAGACGCACUGGAAGACGCGCUGGAGGACACGCUGGAGGACGCGCUGGAAGACGCGCUGGAGGACAUUUUAGAAUGUCUGCUUUUUCUGAUCUUUACUCACCAUGAGAGGAUUGUGGUAUGA